AUAUAAGCGCCACCUUGUGGAGGAUCCUGGGAAGUGUAGUCCAGAAGCGCUGGGCAGUGAGAUCCACUUCCGCUCUGGGAGGGCGGAGCUGUGGCCCCCCGUUUCCCCCCGGGAUUCUGGAGUGGGAUGGGCGCGAGUCACCACGAUCUCCGAGGAGGGUUCUGUGUUUCUCCAGGAGCAGGAGAAAAUGGCCAAGUUCCAGGAGGCGGUGACGUUCCAGGACGUGGCUGUGGUCUUCACGGAGGAGGAGCUGGGGCUGCUGGACCCGUCCCAGAGGAAGCUGUACCAGGACGUGAUGCUGGAGAACUUCCGGAAUCUGGUGUCAGUGGGCUGCCGGCAUCAAAAUGAGAUAGAGACUCUUCAACAAGUUGGAUUACGGGACCUUUUUCAUGAAGACCUUGUGUGCUGGCCAAUAUGGGAACAAAUCAUGAGUAAGUUAACCAGAAAUCAAGACUUGAUAAUAAAUCUACAAGGCAAGAGGUUUGAUUUGCCAAUCCAAGGCGAUUCCUUCUGCCAGUUGUGGGCAACAGAAUCUACUCAGGUUUCUGAAGAUGAGAACUAUGUAAUAAAGGUGCAAGGGGAAGUUCAAAGUGCCAAUAGUAUAAAAAAUCAAGAUUUUCCAAGUAAGACCGCCUGGGAUUUCUGGAGAGAGUCACAGAAUUAUCAGAGUAGGUGUCAGCAGUUUGAUGGGAAAUGUAAACUGUGUAAGUGUGAUGGUUGUGAUAUUAAAAAGACCUCUCAUGACCAUGAUGAUGAUCAGGAAGUACAUAAAGGUGAGAAGUCAUGUAGCCACAAGAAUUGUGGAAAAUGUUUCCUGAAGACAUCAUUUCAGCAUAAUGGAGUUCAUGCAGGAGAGCAAAAUUCUCAUGAGAAUGGACAAGGCUUCAGUUUUGGCCCCAGUCUUGAACUUCAUCAGCAGUUACACCUAGGAGCAAAAUCUCAUAUGUGUAGUGAGUGUGGGGAUGGCAUCAGUUAUAGCUCGCUGCUUUGCACUCAUCAAAGUGUUCUCACAGAAGAGAAAUUCAGUAGGAAUGGUGAGUGUGGUGAAGACUUCUGUCAGAGCUUACAUCUGCAAAUCCAUCAGAGAGUCAACACAGGAGAGAAGCCCUACAAAUGUGCUGUGUGUGGGAAAGGCUGCAUGUGUAGCUCAUAUCUUCAUGGUCAUCAGAGGUUCCACUCUGGAGAGAAACCCUACAAAUGUGCUGUGUGUGGGAAAGGCUUCAGUCGGAGUUCACAUCUUCAAGUUCAUCACCGAGUCCACACUAGAGAGAAACCCUACAAAUGUGCUGUGUGUGAAAAGGGCUUCAGACUGAGUUCAAAGCUUCAUGCCCAUCAGCGAAUCCACACUGUAGAGAAGCCAUACAAACGAGAGGCAUGUGGUACGGGCUUUACUCGUAGUUCACAUCUUCAAGAACAUCAACAAGUCCACACUGGAGAGAAACCCUACAGAUGUUCUGUGUGUAGUAAGAGCUUUAGUCAGACCUCAAGUCUUCAAGCCCAUCAGCGAAUCCACACGGGAGAGAAACCCUACAGAUGCACUGUGUGUGGUAAGAGCUUUAGUCAGAAAUCACAUUUGCAAGUUCAUCAGCGAGUCCACACUGGAGAGAAACCCUACAAAUGUACUGUGUGUGGGAAAGGCUUCAUGUGGAGCUCAUAUCUGCAUGUUCAUGAGAGGAUCCACACAGAAGAGAAACCUUACAAAUGUGGGGUGUGUGGAAAGAGCUUCAGUCAGAGUUCACAUCUUCAAGCCCAUCAGCGAAUCCACACUGGAGAGAAACCCUACCAAUGUGCCGUGUGUGGUAAGAGCUUCAGUCGGAGUUCACAUCUUCAAGGCCAUCAGCGAUUCCACACAGGAGAGAAGCCCUACAGUUGCGCUGUGUGUGGUAAGAGCUUCAGUCAGACCUCAAGUCUUCAAUACCAUCAACGUGUCCACACUGGCGAGAAACCCUACAAAUGUGAACAGUGUGGUAAAGGCUUCAUGGUGACCUCAAGUCUUCAUGUUCAUCAGAGGAUCCACACAGGAGAGAAACCCUACAAAUGUAGCGUGUGUGGGAAGAGCUUCAGUCAGACCUCAAGUCUCCAGACUCAUCAGCGAGUCCACACAGGAGAGAAACCCUACAAAUGUGCUGUGUGUGUGAAGAGCUUCAGUCGGAGUUCAUAUCUUCAGUCCCAUCAGCGAGUCCACACAGGAGAGAAACACAGCAAAUGUACUGUGUGUGGUAAGAGCUUCAGCCAUACCUCAAGUCUUCAAGACCACCAGCGAAUCCACACUGUCGAGAAACCCUACAAAUGUUAAGAGUGUGGGAGAGGCUUCAUGUAGAGCCUGUAUCUUCAGGCUCGUCAGAGGAUCCACACAGGAGAGAAUCCCUAUAAAUGUCACCUGUGAGGCAAGACCUUCAGUCUCACUAAGUCUCAUCUUCAAGCUCAUAAAAAUGUGAGACAUGCCAUAAGGGCUUUAAUCACAAUUCACUUCUCCAAGAACAUCAAUGAAUCCACACAAAAGACAAACCCUACAAAUGUACUGGCUGUGGUAAGAGUUUCCAGUCAGACCGCAGUCUCCAAACUCAUCAGCAAACCCACACUACAGAGGAACCCUACAAAUGUGCCGUGUGUGCUAAGAGGUUCAAUCAGACUUCACUUCUGCAAGUUCAUCAGUGAGUUCACAGUAGAGAGAAACCCUACAAAUGUGCUGUGUGUGAGAAAGGCUUCAUGUGGAGCUCGCAUCUUCACGUUCAACAGAGGAUCCACUCAGGACAGAAACCCUAUAAAUGUGACAUGUGUGGUAAAAACUUCAGUCAGAACUCAAGUCUUCAAGCUCAUCAGAGAGUCCACACAAGAUAGAAGUUAUACAAAUGUGAGAUAUGUUUCAUAAUUAGGUUUUUUUGUGUUUAAAUAAAUUCCUUUCUUAAUAUUUCUCUUUUUAAAAUAUUUUUUAUUGAUUUUAGAGAGAGAGAGGAAGGGAAAGGGAGAGAUAGAUACAUCAAUGAGAGAGAAACAUUG